AUGGUGGGAGGGGUCUGAAAUGGCAGACGUCACGGCUUGUGUAGGGGAGUAUAGGCUGUGUUGUCAGCCUGGUGUCAGUCUGAUGAAGAUUGGCAUUCAGAUUGUCUGGAGGGAAGUGUGCUGUCAGACUGACUCCAACAUCAGAUGCUCCGAUGCUGAGAACAAGCAAACUGAUCUCCAUGUGAAGCUAUCCCAUGAUGCAACAUGUGUCCCCAGCACCAGCAUUGACCAUGAUGGCCACACAGAGUGUCCCUCCACCAUCGUACCAGGAGAGCCAACAGAUGACAGGCACCACGCAGCAAAACUCAAAGGCCCAGCAUGUCCACCUCUCUGCAGCCUCAGCGGCCGGGGCCACACAGGUCAGCGUGACCCUUGACCCCCAAGCCCAACUGGAGUCAGAUAAACGAGCCGUUUACAGGCAUCCUCUUUUUCCUCUUCUGGCAUUGCUUUUUGAGAAGUGUGAACAAGCCACGCAGGGAUCGGAAUGCAUCACCUCCGCCAGCUUUGACGUUGACAUCGAGAACUUCGUCCACCAGCAAGAGCAGGACCACAAGCCUUUCUUCAGCGAGGACCCUGAACUAGACAACCUGAUGGUGAAGGCGAUCCAGGUGUUGCGGAUCCACCUGCUGGAGCUGGAGAAGGUGAAUGAGCUCUGUAAAGACUUCUGCAACCGUUACAUCACCUGCCUCAAGACCAAGAUGCACAGUGACAAUCUGCUACGGAACGACCUGGGCGGCCCGUAUUCACCAUCACAGACCAACCUCGGCCUGCAGCAGGAUCUGCUUCAGAGCACAUCCCCCUCGCUCACCUCUGUCUCCAGCACGGUAAACCCCUCUGGGAUUGUGGUCCCUGCCGGUUCACUGCAACAGAACAACGUUGCCAUGACCACUAUCAACUCUCAGGUGGUCUCAGGUGGGACGCUGUAUCAACCGGUGGCAAUGGUUACCUCACAGGGGCAGGUGUUGACCCAGGGGUUACCACAGGGAAUCCAAGUCCAAAACAAUCAGGUGAACCUGGACUUGUCCUCACUCUUGGACGGUGAUGACAAGAAAUCAAAAAACAAAAGAGGCGUCCUUCCCAAACAUGCCACAAACAUUAUGCGUUCCUGGCUCUUCCAGCAUCUCAUGCAUCCUUAUCCUACAGAAGACGAGAAAAGACAGAUUGCAGCACAAACAAAUCUUACUUUAUUACAGGUGAACAACUGGUUUAUCAAUGCCCGCAGGCGUAUACUGCAGCCCAUGCUGGACGCCAGUAAUCCUGACCCUGCUCCCAAAGCCAAGAAGAUGAAAUCUCAGCACAGACCCACACAGCGCUUCUGGCCCGACUCCAUUGUAGCUGGAGUCCUGCAGACACACGGAUCCCACUCCACAAACAAUUCAGACAAUUCUCUGGGCAUGGAUGGCCUGCAGUCUCUGUCCUCAGACUCUGCCACACUGGUGAUGCAGCAAGCCAUGCUGGGAGGAACUGAGGAUUCCAUGGACGGCACAGAAGAGGAGGACGAUGAAGAGGAGGAAGAGGAGGGAAUCGACGAGGAGGAAGACGAAGAAGAGGAUGAAGAAAGCGAGGGAGGCAGACAGAUGUCUCGGAGAGAUCUGGGCCUCAAUCACAAUGAAGGACUUGAACCUCAGGACCAGUUUACUGCUGGAUUGAUCCACAAUACAGACUUCUACUGGACAGGGAAUUCACAAGUUGCCAGCAUGUCUAUCGCCAACACGGCCGCCCAGGCCAUGCUCUCUGAUGCCCUGUUGAGGAAUAAUAAUGGGGACAAUUGCAUUCGACACCUGGAGCUGGAUUUGCCAUUGGAUAAAGUCAUCAAGUUUGUUUCUGUGGGCCUGCCGCUCCUUCUGGUGUCCAUGGCCUUUGCCAGAGAGAUUUCAAUCGGCCCACAGAUUAGCUGCUUUCCUCCCAACAACUUCACAAUAAAGCAGGCAGCAUAUGUGGAUACGUACUGCUGGGACUCUCUCAUGCACCAUGAGUUUGACACAGAUGGGAACUUAGAAGAGCGUUCACUGUGGAUACAUAAAAUGUUUCCAUACUCCUUAUUGGUCAUGGUGAUGAUGAUGUACCUGCCGACUCUGAUCUGGCGGUAUCUGGCUGUGCCCAGCCUGACCUCUGACCUGUUUUUCAUCAUCGAUGAGCUGGACAAGUCUUACAACCGCUCUGUCCACCUGGCUCAGAGCAUCCUGGACCUAAAACAGCAAUCAGAAAACCCACUGCAGUUUCAAGCUGAGCUUGAGAGAGCCAAGCGCAAGCGUUACUUUGAGUACCCCCUGUUGGAGAGAUACAUGCAGUGCAAGCAUGGCUCCUACUUCUUGGUCAGCAUGCUCUUCCUGCGAGGCUUCCUGCUCCUGACCUUCAUGUCUGCCUCGUGCCUCUACCUGAUCUACUUCCACCUCUCUGCCUUUCUACAAGACGAAUUCAGUUGCUUUGUGCGCACCGGCCUCCUCAGUGACCAGCCCUGGGUGCCUGAGCUAGUUCAGUGUAAAAUGACUGGCCUACUUGUGUUUCAGGUCAUUAGCGUAGCUAACGGUGCUGUCUAUGUGCUGCUAGCUCCUAUUGUUCUCUUUAGCCUGCUGCGUUUGUUCUGUUGGGACACAACUUUCCUCUCCCUUUACGAGGUGCUGCCCGGAUUGGGGCUCAUGAGCGGUCAGAAACUGGGCUGCCCUCUUAACGAUCUCAACGUGCUGCUCCUCUUCCUGCGCGCCAACGUAGCGCAGCUGCGAUCAUACAGCCGCCUGAGGGCCGUUUGCUCUCUUGCGCCUCCUCGACUGAAGGGUGCGAAGGGCGUGCUGAUGGGGGAACAGGCCGAAGAGGCGGCAGAGGCCACCGAGGAGGUCGAGGAGGAGAUUAGAGAAGCCAGAGAGGAAGGCAAACUCAAUCUAGUAGACAUCAUGACUGUGCUGGGAGCAGCCAGAGGAAACGCAGUGAACUGUCCAGAGCAGCGCCCUCUUGUGGAACAAGACAUGACGCUUGGUACAGUCACUCUCAUCUAUAUACUUAAACGCAUCCUGCUCGUUGGCAUUUUCGUGGCUGUCAUAUGGGACGUUCAGAAACUCAUCAAAGUGACAUAAAUUGAUGAUAUACAGUAUGAUGUUGGAAACCAUUUGUGUCUCCUACUGUAUGUGUAAACAUAAUUUGAUUUUGUGUGAAGAGAUAAUGUGCAAAAAUUUACCCAUAUAUAUCAUUUAAAUAUGAGUCUGCUUCUCAAAGCACAUUGUAUUUGUUUAUAAAAAAUAUGGCUAAUUUUAAAAUAUAUAUUUUUAAACCAUAUUUACAUUUACUGAAUUCCACAGAUUUUCAUUUAAAAUCAUUGAAAAAAAAAAUAGUCUGAUAGGCCUAAUUCAUACCACUUUUCUGGUAAUCGUUGCUAAUAUAUCUCACAAAAAUUGUACAUAUAAAACAAUGUUAUCUGUUCUAAAGGAGGCUUUAAAGAAAAACAAUUCUUUAUAAGUUUUAGCAGCCGCAUUGUGCUCUUUAUUUUACAAAACAAGUUUUGCGCACUUAACAUCAGGCUUUUAACCAAAACGUUUGCCCCUAACAGCACUCUCUGUCUCUCUACAGAGCCUAACCAGCAGGGGUACCAUGAGUUGAAGGAGACUACAGCAUGUUGCUUUGCCUAAAGCACCAGCCAAUGGACUGAAGCAGCACUGUCAGACUCUAGAGGGCCCCAUAGAACAGCUAAACCUUUGAGAUGAACAUCCAAUAGCUAGAACUCCUCUUUUAUAGUCCAGAACCAUAAAAUUAUCUGGAUUUAAAAGAAUUUUUAUGGAUUUCUUACACAAAUCACCUCAGGAAUAAAAACUUAAAGUCUGUAC